AUGGAUCAAUUGAAGUGUAUUAUAGAAGGUUGCCAAAAUCAUCCUGUUUACAUAUGCGAUUGUGAAGAAAAUAAUAUGAUUUGCAUUCCGCAUCUUGGCCCUCAUAUAAUACCUGAUGCAUUUAGGCAUCAUAUAUUAGAGCUUUAUGUUAAGCCUUAUUCGAGAACUGUAAUAUCUGUCAGGUCAUUCUUAGAAAAUUGCCAAGAAGAGCUAUUAUUUGCAAGAAACACGAUCUUAGAAAAGUCUAGUUUCAAAGUUGCAAAAAUUAAUGAAAUAAUUCCAGAAUCCCUUAAGCAGAUAAAUGGUGACAUAAAACAGGUCAAAAAAUGUUUAAAUAAUCUCAACAAUUUAUCCGAUAUUCCAAGAAAUACAGAAGAUGAAUUUUAUCAAGCACUUUUACUUUCUGGAGAAGAAGCUAUUAAUAAAAUCAAAUCAAGUACAUGUAAAUUUUCAGAUUAUAAAAGCAUUCUCUGCAACCUAUUUACAGAAGUUGAUAUAGAAUCCAUUGUUGAGAGACAAGUACAGGAAAAGUUUGAUAUGUUUUUAAAAUUAAGCCUUGAAAAUGCAAAUAAAGCCUGUAAAGAGAAGGUUUACGACUUAGAAACUUCAUUACAUAAAUACAUUAGGACAAAAGUCAAGGACAUAGAAUAUAAUUUUUCCAAAAAAACAACAGAAAAUAUAAGAGAAAUUGAUAAAAUAAAAACAACAAACGCAAGUUUUAAAAACAAAAUUGAUGAAAUAGAAAGAAAACUUGCUGAAAUGGUAAAGCAACACUCCAAAAUAAAUACAGAAAAUAAAAAAGAAAUUGAUGAAAUCAAAGCAAAAAUUUCAAAUUUUAAUAGUGAUUUAUCUCAGAAUAUUAGCUAUAUCCAAAAUUUAAAUACAACUUGUAAUCAAAAAAUCGAUGAAUUAGAAAAAAGAAUAUCUGAAAAAGUUGGCAUCGAAUCUGAUAAGAUAAAGAGCGAAUUAAAUAUAUUUGUACUAAAGGGAAAUUUCUUUACUGAGAUUAAUAAUUUAUCCCUAGGCAUAUCAGCAAUAAACAAAAAGCUAGAUACUUAUGAAACAAAGUCUCAAGAAAUAGAAAAUAAAUCUAAAGCUGAAAUAUGUAAACUGAACAAAAUAAUUACUGAAAUUGAAAAAGAAGUCAAAAAAAAAGCCAAAGUGCAUGGAGAAAGAGCUGCUGUCAAUCAAACUAAAUCAAAAUUAUCAUCUAGCAUAAAACAAAAUUCCGAAAUUGAUAUGAAAAAAAAUACUUUGGAGAAGAGUCAGACGAUGCCAAAUCUUUUAUUCUCUUCUCCUAGAGAGAAAACCUCACUAUCCAGUAGCCAAAUGGCUCUCGAAAUAAAUAUUGCAGCUAAAGAAUGCAGUAACUCAAAGCACAGCGUUGAUUAUCAUUUGCUAGAAUGCCCUGAAAGCCAUUGUAUUGAUUGCCUUAAAAAUUAUAUUAACGAAAGAAAUGGCCUACAAAGAGACUUUUAUUGCCAUCAUGGAAAAAAAUUUGGAAACUUCGAAGUAAAACUUAUAGAAAUGGAAGCUGAGAAGAAAAAAAACUUAGACUUAAAUAAAUUUUCUUCUCCUCGUGCUGUCAAUAUUGCUAAAAAGCUUGAGAUAAAUACCCAAAACUUUGAUAGAAAUGCACAAACUCCUACAGUAAAGCAAAUUCCAAGCUAUAUAUCUAGUGAAAGAUCAGCAAUACCGACUAGAGCAAGUGAAAAAAAUAUGUAUAGUGAUUACUCAGUAUUGGAGAGCCCUAGAAUUGAUAUGCGUUUUCAGCGCACUCCUUCAAAAAAAACAAUCAUGAGCUUUAAAGAAGAAUAG